CAUGAAAAUGCCUGCAGCGUAUGAACGACGCAGUUAACUCUGACAACAAUGCCGUUUCAUCAGCUAGAGCUAGCUACGCCAAAUGCCAUUUCUGUUGUUACAUGGCUCUAAUUAGAGCCGGUUACUCGGCACGUGGAGUCCGUGGUGACGGCUCGCCGUUCGUAAAGACACGAGACAGACACGCCCGACAAGACAGAUUUUGCGACGACCCCGGGCACAGGACGCCCCAAGGAGAAGUCACGCUGUCUUCAGUACAAAGAGGAAUUUUAUUUAGGGGGGGCAGCGGGGCAGCUUGGGUUUCUUACUACUUCUGCCGCCAGUUCCACCUGCGACACCAUGAGCGAUCGACUCCUUGAGCGACUCCGCUUGCAGCGCCUCGGAGCGGAGCAGCCAGCGAGUACGAUAGCGACUUCUUGUACGAACUAGGGUUUUCGGUGGCCACAGCGAGCAGGCGAAGGAGGACAAAGCCUGGGCGGAUGCGCCCGAGGCUGACAGGCGCGGCCGCUGGCGCAGACAGCGACGGUGAAGGGGCAGCGGGCGGCAGGUCGCGGAGCAGGAGCUGCCCGAGCCACGGCUGCGUGUGCUGCAGCUGCUGGUUGCAACUUCGCGUUGGUGUACAUGAGCAAGUGCAUCAGCAUCAGCAACUGGCAGCCAGGGCGCUGAGCAAUGUGUACGCCCGCGGCGACAGUGGUGGCGGUGGCGCUGCCGGCGUGGCAGCAGGACCAUCCCGGCCUCCACAGCCGCUGCCAAGCGAGGUGAUGUCGCUGUCAAGUGACAGCUUGAGCGCCAGCGGCAGCGGUGGCAAUGGUGGUGGCGGCGGCGCUGCCUGCGUGGUGGCAGGUGCGGCCGUGCAGCGGCUCCAACCGCGCCCCUAUGCGAUUGAGCUGCUGAACAGCAGCUCUGGGGACACCGUGCACACCCAAGGCACCUAAGGUGGUGGUCGCGGCCCCGGUGCGAGGGGAGCCUUACCGAAUGGAAGCUGGGGGCUGGGGUCCCUCGGCCCUUUGUGCCUCGGGACUCAAUGUCAGCCAUUUGCUUCCCUUGCCAUGUUUCAUGGCGCCCAGAAGAUCGAUCUGAGGCCUGGGUAGCAGAAUAAUGAAUGCAACAUUACAGGAAGGGACGGAGUUAUGAUUGCGACAUUACAAAGAAGGGACAGUCCGACCGGAGUUAUGGCACUCAUUCCGACCAGAAGUUGAUGCUUCCUCCCAUGUAUGGUGGCCCGAAAGUUCCUUCAUAAACACAGUGAUGACCAAAUGAGCCAGUGGAUGAUCCUGGACACGGAGCCAGUACCGACCUUGUCCGGGUUAUGGCGGCAAGAGGUGCGUUGUAUGAUUGUGCCUUUGUCCGGGUUAUGUAUGGUGGCCAAAGGUGGACCAGGGCAAUAUUGGCUUCAUCCCCAUGUUGU